AUGAAAUAAAGAUAGAUAAAUAGAUUCUCAUAAAAAUAAAAAUGUGUAGUUAAUAAAUUAAAGGUUGAAAUUUUAAAUUGUUAUUUAGCAAGAGAAAGAAUAUUUAUUUUAAAUUGCUAUUUUUAAUUAAUUAUUUUGAGAGGAAUUACUUACAUUACAGCUUAUCAUAAAUUUUAUUUUUCAACCUAUAAUUUUAAAUAUAUAAAAUGUAUGUAUACUUUAGCUUAUUAAACUAGAAAAAUAAAUGAUACAAUUAAUUAAUUAAUUAUUCAAUAUUUAAGUUAUGGUAAGAGAAAAUAUAAUAUAAUGUCAUUAAAUAAAAUUCAAGCAUAAAUAAAUAAAUAAAUGUAGCAGGAUGGAUUCAAAAAAAGUAAAAUAAAAUAAAAAAAAAUAAUAAACUUUUUGAUUAAUAGGCAAAAAAAAUAUUGA